CCAAAUGAAAGGCUUAGCAUCCAGUCUGAAAAACCAAGGGAAGAAAUGGCAGCACUGGAUGAAACACCGGCACAACAGGUUGCUGCUUCCCUUUCCAUUCAAGAGGCAAGCGAUUGCAAGUUUGAGGUGGGAGAUCUUGUCUGGUCCAAAGUGGGGACGUAUCCGUGGUGGCCCUGUAUGGUUUCAAGAGAUCCUCAACUCGAAGUUCAUACUAAAAUUAACACAAGAGGUGCACGAGAAUAUCAUGUUCAAUUCUUUAGCAACCAACCGGAAAGGGCUUGGGUACAUGAAAAGCGGGUACGAGAAUAUAAAGGACGUAAACAGUAUGACCAGCUGGUGGCAGAGGCUGCUAAGCAGGCCAACCAUUCUGAGAAACAAAAGAUUCGCAAACCGAGGCCACAGAGAGAACGGGCACAGUGGGAUAUUGGCAUUGCCCAUGCCGAGAAAGCGCUAAAAAUGAGCCUGGAAGAGAGGAUAGAGCAGUACACCUUCAUCUACGUAGAUAAAGAGCCAGAAGAGGUGUCGUCCAAAGCCAAACGGAUUGUCAUGCCUAAGAUUGAGGCUAAAAAGAUCCGCAAAAUCAAAUCCCCGCCAAGCUCUCCGCCAGAAGAGAUUGAUGACGAUUUGGCCGCACCUUCCCCACCCAAAACGGAGGUCCGGAGGUAUAGUCAGAGGAGACAGUCCAGUGCCGAUAAAGAAUCCCCUCCUGUGAAAAUUCAGUGGAAAACUGCCGCAGCUAGAAAAUCCCUCCCAGCGUCCAUAACCAUGCACAAGGGAACUCUGGACCUUCAGAAAUGUAAUAUGUCUCCGGUUGUUAAAAUUGAACAAGUUUUUGCUCUUCAGAAUGCCGCUGGGAACGGAAAGUUCAUUGAUCAGUUUGUUUACUCGGCAAAGGUAAAGAAAACACCACUCUCUCUUUUAUAAAGGAAUAUUUGUGCAAACCAAUAUUAAAAAAAAAGAUUUUACAUUGCAGUCCUUCCUCCUAAGAACUACUUGGAAGUAAGUUCCACUGAGUUCAGAAGAAUUCAUUGUGAGGUGAACGGCUUCCUUAUGCGCUGUCAGAUUGCAAGUGGUAUAAAAUGUUGGCGUGAAUUGGUUUGACCUUAAAACUUGGUUCCCAAGUUUGGACACCCCUGGCUUAAAAUGUCAAGAAUAAAUAGUCCCUCGUCCUAUAUGUAGGGCGCUUACUUCCAGGAAUAAUAUUGUCAUGUGAAAUUGGCCAGUGUUGGAUGUGAGUUAUUAGAUCACAUCCAGAGAUGUCCCUGCAUCCUCUUUAAUUGUUUUCCAGAUUUUGUAAUUCUCUGCUUUUGAGUAAACAGUUAUUCACUGGAAAAAAAAUGUGAUAAUUAGAGCGGAAUUGUCUACCUGCUAUCUUUGACAAAUCCGCCAAUACAUUCCAACUUCAAAAGAGUAAUUUGCAAAAUUUAAGGAGAAUUUAAGUUCGCUUCUCUAAUAUUGAAUCACAACCAUUAUGCUUAAAUCCACCCGUACUGCUGUUUUGUAAGAUCAUAAGUAUGCGUUUCCACACAUGGUUCCCGUUGUAUACAUGCACAUUCAUGGAGCUAUUCUAGCUACCAUCACUGCUGUCUUUUCAGCAAACACACAA